UCAGAGGUCAAGACGGCCGCGGGGCCCCCGCAGCUCGGGUCAUGGUGCAGCUCAGGCCGCGCGCGUCUCGCACCCCGGCGUCCGCCUCUGCAAUGGUGGACGAGGGCCAGCCCGCCUCGGAGGAGGAGGCGGGGCACGGACUGCUGCUCGGGCAGCCCAGCAGCGGCGCGGCCGCCGAGCCGCUGGAGGAAGACGAGGAGGGGGACGACGAGCUUGACGACGAGGCCCCGGAGGAGCUGACUUUCGCCAGCGCCCAGGCCGAAGCGAAGGAGGAGGAGCGGCGAGUUCGGGAGACGGUGCGCAGGGACAGAGCACUUCUGAAGGAGAAGAGGAAGCGGCGCGAGGAGCUGUUCAUCGAACAGAAGAAAAGAAAACUCCUUCCAGAUACUAUUCUAGAGAAGUUAACUACAGCUUCACAGACUAGUGUGAAGAAAUCACCGGGAAAGUUGAAAGAAGUUAAUUUGCAAAAGAAAAAUGAAGAACGAGAGAAAGGAAGUGACUCUAAGAAAUCUAAAGAAAAAGUGCAGAAAGUACAGACUGUUGGCCAGAAUAAAAGCUACAUGGCUGUAAGGCUAAAAGAUCAAGAUUUGAGGGAUUCAAGGCAAGAAGCAGCCAAAGCCUUCAUACAAAAUUGUUUAUAUGGCCCUGGAACCAACAGAACUACUGUAAACAAGUUCCUGUCUCUUGAAAACAAGAGGUUACCGAUGAAAAAGGCUGCAGCCCAGUUUUUGAACAAUACUUGGGGAUCUCAGAGAAAACAAAAUGCGAAGAGAUUUACAAAACGCUGGAUGGUCAGAAAGAUGAAAACUCCCAAGAAGUAAAUCAAAGCUAGAUGAAGAAUGAGUACUUUGUAUGUAUAGAACUUGGUUAUUUAAAGAACUUAAUUUUUCUGGAAAAAAUAAAUAAAUCGCUUAUAAAGCCUU